GGUUUGCUCCAUACUGCACAGUUGAAUAAUUUUUUUGCCCUAGAUUUUUGAAAUUCUUACUGAGAAUUCUUAAAUUGGUUAUGUACUGAUCUUUGUUAGUUAUAAUGGGUCAAGUUCAGAGUAAUGAAUCUGAUGUGAAUCAGAGCAAACCAGAAGAAAAUACUGAGAGCAGUAAUGGUUCAUCAAGUCUUGAAGAUUUAAUUGCAGAAGCAACGGCUUUUGGCGACGAUGAGAAUGAGUCUUUAGAGGCAAAGGCACAGAAAGCACUGGAAUGCCCUUGUGUGGCUGAACUGCGGAGUGGUCCUUGUGGGACCUCAUUCUCGGAGGCCUUUCUCUGUUUCUUGAAAAGCACCGCUGAAGAAAAGGGCUCGGAUUGUGUCAAUCCAUUUAUUGCUUUACAAGACUGUAUCAAAGCAAAUCCUAAUGCAUUUGCGAAGGAUGUUUUAAACGAAGAUGAUAGCAGUAAGGAAGAGGAAGAACACAGUGAAGAUCACAGAAUCAUCCCGCCUACAUGGGCUAAAGAACAACAAAGCAGGCUCUGAAAGCUAGUCUAUGCUUAUUUGUUGAGCUAUGGACUUUUGUACGGCGCAUUUUAUGUCGAUUCCGUCGUACUAUUAUAACGAAAAGGUUCGUCUAUGGACCAUGGAGUCGUGGACACCCUUUUUACUGAAACAACCUCCCACUUGAAGUUGUUCAGUAUUUUCAUUGUUGCUGUUCUUGGGCAUGGUUUAGGGUAUUUUGCAAAGACUGGUGAGAAUAAAACUCUUCCUGAUUUGGGGAUCGUUGGAGAGGUUUUAUGUUUUGAAAUGAUAAAGUACAAUUAGGAUUGUUAUAACUUCGUAGAAGUUAAAUUGUGAUUUAAUUAUUUGGAAAGAGGAGAUAUUGUUGUAGAGACAACAAUAUGUAAAGAGAAGAAGGAAUCUCACUUCCAUUCACCGGCUCUUGUUUCA